AUGAAUCGGCUCGGCCUCCUCGUCCUGCUGACCGUGGCCGGGCUGGCACUCGGGACGUGGGACAACUGCGGAGGGACCUGCGGACUCCGAGCCGUGGUGUCUGACUAUGGCCUCAUGGCUUACUACUACGGCAGCAUGGCUUAUGAAUCCGGCAUGACACGCAUCGUGGGUGGCGCAGGUGCCCUGCCAGGGGCCUGGCCCUGGAUUGUCAGCAUCCAGCACCCCUGGGUACCAGAUCUGGGGCAUUGGUGUGGAGGCUCUCUCAUCAGCACUCAGUGGGUCCUCACAGCAGCCCACUGCUUCGACAAGUUUGAGAACGUCAGCAUGAUGUACGUGGUGAUUGGAGCCACCCUGUUGAGUCAGCCAGGCCAUGGGGCACAAAUGCGCAGUGUCAAGCAGGUGGUGAUACACCAGUACUACAAUCCUGCUGACAUGAGUUAUGACAUUGCCCUGCUGGAAUUGGACCAUCCUGUCCAUUGCAGUCCCUACAUCCAGCUGGCCUGUGUGCCCGACGCCACACUGAGAGUGUCAGAGCUACAAAACUGCUGGGUGGCUGGCUGGGGUUCCACUGCUGCAAGAGCUCAACAGGCAAGUGAUCACUUGCAGGAGGCCAAGGUCCAGGUCCUCGAUGUCCAGCUCUGCAACAGCAGUGGCUGGUAUCCAGGGGAAAUCCACACCCACAACUUGUGUGCUGGUUACCCACAGGGCACCAUCGACACCUGCCAGGGUGACAGCGGUGGUCCUCUCAUGUGCCAGGACAACAAUGCUGACUCCUGGUGGGUUGUCGGAAUAACCAGCUGGGGAAAAGGCUGUGCCAGAGCAAGGCAGCCUGGAGUCUACACCUCCACUCAGUACUUCUAUGACUGGAUCCUGACCCACACAGGCAUAAACACAGUUGGAAGGGGUUCUCCAACAUCACGAGCCUGGAGUAAUUUUAUGACUGCCCACCAAGCUCAGAAGCCACAGCUGACACGACCCCACACUUAUAAGCCAUUGCCAAGACCAUGGCCAACACAACCCCCCACUUAUAAGCCAUUGCCAACACCACUUCCCACUUCUAAGCCAUGGCCAACACGACCCCCCACUCAUAAGCCAUUGCCAACACCAAUCCCCUCUCAAAAGCCUUGGCCAACAACAGCCCCGACUCAAAAGCCAACACCACUGGGUGAGGUUAGCUCCUGCCCGUAUCCGCUCAGCAAGCUGGUAGACUUCUUUGCUAAGGUGAAGAAGCUCUUUCAUCAGGUCCUUGGACAAGAGACAGCUUGA